AUGCAGAAGCCGUCGAAGCGUUUCAAACUCGAAAUUAACAAGAUGGAAGACAAAGCAGCAGCCCAAGCGACGACCGGAGUGACAUCAUUGAAGAUGCCCGUUAUAGUAGAAGCGGCACUUGCAAAUUUGUGUGCGAUAGCGUCGUUGAUCUUCUUUGCCUUUGAGAAGGAGAAUUUGUAUGUGCGAGCACAUGCGUUGCAUUCGAUCUUCUUUUUUGUCGUGUGCGCCAUCAUUGGGUUCCCAUUUUUCUUAUUCUGUGUCAUAUUGGGAGGUGCUAUGGAAGGAAUUUAUAUUGCUCUGAUAGUCAUUUACUGUGUCCUGAGAAUCGUUCUCAUCGUGUUGGCUUGCGUCUUCGCAAAAUCUGAGAGGUUUUUGACUCUUCCAAUACUCAGUUCCUUCAUCUUAAAACUCGCUAAUUAA